AUGAUAGGUUCACCUGAGGGCUCCAAAGACCUGUAUUCCAGCAAUGGUUGGAUGAAUGGAGAACUUUUUUUAGAUACUUUGAAACAUAUUCAGGUGCAAAAAGAGUGCUCCAAAUCGAAUCCUCUAGUUUUAAUUCUUGAUGACCAUGAACCGCAUGUUGGUUUGGAUGUGGUUAUGUAUUGCAGGGACAAUGGAAUUCAUUUGCUGACGUUUCAUCCUCAUACGACACAUCGUAUGCAACCACUUGACACGUCAGUUUUUGGACCAUUCAAACGGCGCCUUGCAGCCGAGUACAACAUCUGGCUAUCCGAAAAUCCUGGCCACACAAUCAGCAUCAGAGAAAUUCCCAAAUUGAGUAAAAAACCGUUUAUUGAGUCUUUCACUGAGACAAAUAUUAAAAGUGGUUUUCGAAAAGCAGGCAUCCAACCAUUGAAUCACCAUAUUUCUACUGGUGAAGAUUUUAAAGGUGCAAGUGUGACUGAUCGCCAACCUUCUACAUCAGCUUAUCCAGACAGAAGUGUGCCAAAUGGUUACAUCAGAUUUAUUGAGGAUAGCUCAGUAGCUCCAAUAGCUCGAAAUAACAUAGCAUUUAGAUUGAAUACGAAUCGCCUGUUUCGGGCGCAGAUUGGUGCUGAAGGGUAUGACUUGCGUGUUGGUUCACGGUGGGUCAGCGAUAUUGGAACCAGGGAGUCCUCAGUGACGUGUUUCCAGAACAGUGAAGUGACCUACUCCAAGACAUAUAAUACAAAGUUUCGUGUAAAAGUGGUGAUGAGAAACGGAGACAUCAAGACGCAUAGAAUGGAACACAUACGAAAAUACAACCGACAGGAUUUCUAUAAAUUCAUUAAAGAAGAAUUUCUACAAUGCACUGGAACUGCAACGAUAAACGGAAAAAAAUACGACUUGAAUUUCCUACGAAUCCUGAAUGAAAUCGAAGUGUAUGUGCCUGUCCACCAAGUUGAAUUUUACGAUGGAAUCGAGAUAUUUGAGAAGGUCACAAGUAAUAUCACGAAGUCUGUUCGUAUCAGAGAGUUCAAGUAUCUUGAUCCCGGAAAUCUGAAUGUUCUGAAAUAUGAGGGUGCCAUAGAAUUGCCGGAUUCUUCAACAGCACCAAGUUGGCCCGAAUGGCGCUUGGUUGAGGUGAACGUUGAAGAUGUAUUCUGGAGAAUUGGACAUUUUAGUGGGAAAAAGCAACCAGGUCUAAAGGAGGUGACUUAUAAUAUGAUGUCGAUCACGAGCUUUGAUGAAUAUAAUUACAAGAUACAACCGUACAUAUUUCCUGCUAGUAGGAAAUUCUAUAAUGUUCUUCUAGGAGCUCGUCCGGUUACAACAGUUGGAACUUCCACGGAUAUUGUUGUCUGUUCACGGGACGAUUCCACUAAUUAUAACUGGAAUCCCUAUUUCCGAUUAUAUGAAAUGCCUAUGGUCACUAGUAAUACAUAUUUUAAAAAUAUUCAUUAUUGUACAUUUCUGGAUAAAAAAAAGGAGGACUAUUUUGUAUGCAGGAGUACGAAAUCGAAUACAGAGUUCAUGAGAGUUGAAAGACAGUUUUAUCUUUUACAUAAAACAACAUACGCAGCAAAUGAUUAUGAGAUUGGAGGGAUAAGAUAUCAUGACACAGAAAAGGUGUGGUAUGAGGUGAAGGGCAUUGGGCAACCAGUAGCGAUAGCUGUUAAAGAAGUUCUAUAUUAUGCAGACGGAUUCAACCAAAAGUAUGAGGGUGAUAUCAUCCUGGAUGAUGAUGAUGAUUAUACUGGAACCCAGAUUAAAAAGAGUGGCACAGAAGAAUUCAAGGAUGUCGCAGAACAGUUGGAAUUGAAUCUAGAAUACUUGGCGGAGGACAUCAAAUAUCGCACAGACUGGAGGUUGAAUUAUCACGAGACCUAUGUGAGUGACGCAAGCGUCAAUCUGCAAAUCGGUUCAAAGUGGGAGAAAGAACACGCUUACGAGAAGGAUCUUACGUGCAAAGAGAUGGCGGUGAGCAGAGGCCAGUUUGAUGCAGUUUUCAGAACAAGGAUCGUCCAACAAGGCCAAGACCUUAACAAUCAAAUUCUGUUCGAAGAAUAUUUCGAUAGUCUUAAAACAGAAUCAUGGAAAUGCACUGACCCGGAAAAUGUGAAUGACGGAGGGAUUUUAAGGAUAAUGAACCAUUUCGCCAUAAAACGCCACCACUGCGGCCAGAUAGGGAAACUGUGGCAUUGGGACGGAGUGACUGUUCUACUGGGUGAUUAUGUCCGGGGAACAUCGGGCUGCAUGGAGAUUGUCGAAGUCAAGUAUCUCGACCGUGAUUAUAAUCCUAUCAAGUUCAAAGGAAAACUGCAACUGUUAAGAAAUGAUGUGGCGGUUCCUAAAAAGGUUUCAUCUAUAAGAUUGACGGAUGUUGCACGAAUAGAGGUUCACAAUCAGCCUCAAGCCAACAUGGACAGUAAGAUAUUCAUGACAGAAGUUUCAGAAAUAGGAAUGAACAUGGUGGUGGGGAGCCUACAGAUGGAUGUUAUCAAGAUGCAGAAGGCUCAGUGUAGUCAGGUGCACUCACCAGAUGAUGCAACAAGAAAGCAACACAGAACCGCAGUAGAGGUGAAUCCACCUAAUCAGUCACCCGGCUCUGUUGACAUUCAACCUGUAGUCAUGACAGAUGAGCAGUUCACUCAUUGCUUUCAUCAAGAUCUCUUCGAAAUUUGGAACUGUAAGCAGUCAGCAAAUGGUGGAGCAGGAGAGGUUUUCCAGAGGGUGGUAAACAUAAUUUCACCGACGGACAAGUGUCCGCCAGCUCGUGUGUACCACCAUAACGGAGUCACUGUCCAAAAAACACUUGACGCUGUCAAGAUAAAAGAGGUCAAGUAUAUUAAAGGUGGAUCAAGUGCUAGAUUCGAGGGCUUCUUAGAUAUCGUUGAAGUAUAUCAUAAGACAUCAGACGACGAUACACUUGCGAGGUCAUCGGUGGAGAUCACUUACACAUUGGAUACUCCUUACCUAUUUUACACAAAGAUCAAAGACAUUGGCGUAUUGCUGGAAGUUGGAUCUCGUUGGGAGAAGCCUUGGGGAAAUGUUGACAGCUCUGUAUUAUGUCGGAGGAAAAUGAAUCAUGAAAUGCGGCAAGACUACAAUACCAAAGUGUAUGGGAAUGUCGAAGGUCUCGAAAAUGUGGGACAACGAAGACUAGAAAUGACUGGAGACAAGUUCCGAGAGUAUUUUGAUGUGUUGAGACAAGAAGUCUGGGAGUGCUCUCUGGAUGAGUCCAAUCUGAUGGAACAUCGAUUUCUGAGAGUGGUGAAUUUCAACAUAGCCUUGAAAAAUAUAUCGCGAAUCUAUCAUCCGGAUGGAAUCACUGUGGGAACUCAGGUGUUCCCAGAUGAUACGAAAUCUGUACAGAUUAAAGAAGUGAAAUACGUGAGUGAGGAUGGAAAUACGGUGUAUCGAUAUGAUGGUCAGAUUGUAUUGGAAACAGUAUUCAGCAACAGACAUACGAAGCUGUUUCAAAUGCCAAACCCGUUCCGAAGAUUUAACGUAGAGAUGACUCCGCAGGGAGCUGUGAGCGACAGAAGAGUGAAAUACUGGUCAGUGGACAUUCUGCGAGUGUACGCUCUGCGACUCAAGACGCAGCUGAUGGAGGACAAUGCAGACAACAAGAUCACGUCGGAAAUCGCGCCGGCAUUGCAGUACACCACCAAGCAUCAGAUCGACAUCAUACACAUCGCCAAGGGAUUCGACAUCAAAAUGAAAGUCGGAUCCAAGUGGGAACGCGAGCUACAGGAGUCCUCUAUGACAUGUAUUCUGGACAAAUGGAAUCCUACCAAUAAGAGACAGUUCUUAACAGAAAUUUAUAUGUAUUUUGGCGAUGACAAGUAUGUGCUCAAUUACGACACCAUACAAGAAUAUUUCAUCAUCAGAAGUAUCCAAGUUUGGAUCUGCGUCAGUGUUCAUAACACCCUGCUGCGGGUUGUAACAACUCUGGAAGGUGUGACCGGAGUCUGGAUGGUUUUGUAUAGAGACGGAGUGAAAGUCAUUCCAAAGGAGCUCAGUUCAGGAGGCCAAACUGUCACAAUAGUUGAGACAAAGUACAUGGACCCGAAAGAUUUCAAAGUUCUCAAAUACACUGGAGAGUUGAAGCUUCUCACGAUGAAAGACUUGGAAAAAAGGAAAGAGGAAAUGAAAAAGACAGAAAUCGAAGCUCCAAGAUUUCAAGUGGUUAUAUUCGAGCGAAUGAAGAAGAUCGGGGAGAUGGCUAGUAACAGCUACUUUAAAUUGUGGCAAUUUGUAAGGGAGAAUCUAGGAAGAUUGAAGACAGCUGCUGCCACUACUGGAAAUUAAUAAUCAUUAUCAGAAACUUAACUUAACUUAUCAAUAUCCACUCAAUAUACAUCGUGAUUCAGAAAGAAUACCUCAACUUUAAAAAUUGAUAACUCUGCAAAGAAUAAACGGAGAGUGUAGCACUAUCUGUCAUCGAUUUGAGGAACCUGUGAAGAUUUUUUAGUUCCUUAUUUAGUCCCAUUGGCACGCAUCUGUCUAUGCCUAUUUCAAUGAAAACUAUCCGAGGCAAUGGAUUGGCCGCCAAGCAACUCGAGACAGAGCACUUCAUCACUGGCCUCCAAGAAGCCCUGAGCUCACCCCCUCCGAUUUUUUUCUGUGGGGGUACGUUAAAGAUAAAGUUCAUCGACCUCCUCUAUCAGCUAACAUUGAGGAGCUCAAACAAGAAAUAACAGCAGCUAUACAAACUCUUACGCCCGAUAUGCUACUGACGGUGUGCAACGAGUUCGAGUAUUGUAUUGAUAUUAAUCUAGUGUCUGGAGGGGGUCACAUUGAACAUUUUUGUGAACUUGUUUUCUAGUGGAGAAAAACUUAUUUCAAUAUUCUUCAUUUUGAUUUGAACCCCAAGUUUCUAUUAUGUUUCCUUGAUAAAAUAAAGAUUUUCAAAGUUUUA